UGACGGAGGGGGUGAUUCGUAGACGUGGUGUUGGCAGCGGUGCAAGCGAGGAACAAGACAAUUCACUACAGGGCGACCGCUUAGCUGUUGCUUUAAAGCAAAAGUCAAAAAUAACCAAAAAUGCUGGACUUUGUAAUAUUUGCAGUUACUUUCCUAGUUAUCCUCGUCAGCGCUGUGCUCUAUUUAUACCCGGCUUCUAGACAAGCUUCUGGCAUUCCUGGAAUUACUCCAACAGAUGAAAAAGAUGGAAACCUCCCGGACAUCGUGAACAAAGGAAGUCUUCACGAGUUCUUGGUAAACCUCCAUGAGCGAUAUGGGUCUGCUGCCUCCUUUUGGUUUGGAAGACGUCUGGUGGUCAGUCUUGGCUCGAUAGACCUCCUCAAACAGCACAUCAACCCCAAUAGGACCUCCGAUACCUUUGAAAUGAUGCUGAAGUCGUUGCUAGGAUACCAAUCUGGGCUUAGCGGGGAUGCAACAGAAAGUCACAUGAGGAAGAAGCUAUAUGAGACCGGAGUCAGUAAAGCGAUCCAGAGCAACUUCUCCCUCACUCUGAAGCUGGCUGAUGAACUGCUGUCUAAGUGGGAAUCCUACCCAGCCUCUCAGCACGUUCCCCUGUGCCAGCACCUGCUGGGCCUCGCUAUGAAGUCAGCUACCCAGACUGCGAUGGGCAGCAGGUUCGAGGACGAUCAAGAAGUGAUCCAGUUUCGCAAAAACCAUGAUGCUAUUUGGUCAGAGAUUGGGAAGGGCUUUUUGGACGGAUCCCUUGAAAAAAGCUCUGCCAGGAAAAAGCACUACGAGGAUGCACUCAAAGAAAUGGAAUCGGUGCUGAAGAAAGUUGCAAAAGAACGGCGAGGGAAGAGCUUCAGCCAGCAUGCAUUCAUUGAUACAUUACUUCAGGGAAAUCUGAGCGAGAAACAGGUGUUGGAGGACAGUAUGAUUUUCUCCCUGGCUGGCUGUGUGAUAGCUGCCAAUUUGUGUAGCUGGGCAGUUUAUUUCCUGUCAACUUCAGAAGAUGUGCAGGAGAAGCUGUACAGAGAGUGCAACCAGGUGCUCGGAAAGAGUCCCAUUUCUCUUGACAAGAUAGAACAAUUAAAGUACUGCCGACAGGUCCUCAAUGAGACAGUGCGGACCGCUAAGCUCACCCCAGUGGCAGCUCGUCUUCAGGAGCUAGAAGGCAAAGUGGACCAGCAUGUCAUUCCUAAAGAGACACUGGUCAUAUAUGCCCUUGGUGUGGUUCUUCAGGACAGCACAGCAUGGCCGUUACCGUACAGGUUUGAUCCGGACAGAUUUAAUGAAGAAUCUGCCAGGAGAAAUCUGUCACUCCUCGGGGUCUCGGGAAGCCAGGAGUGUCCUGAGCUGAGGUUUGCCUACACUGUAGCCACAGUCCUGCUCAGCUCCCUUGUGAGGAAACUGAAGCUGCACCACGUCCAGAACCAAGCUGUGGAGACCAAAUAUGAGCUUGUCUCGUCACCCAAGGAGGAAACAUGGGUAACAGUGAGCAAGAGGACCUAGAGUCUAUACGGCUGACCAACGGGGAGUUAUGACAGUGUAGGAGAUCUUUUUGUGAUGCCUGUCUGAUUCGAAGGUCACCUUUGUGGAAUAUUGUUGGGGUCUAUUUUAAUGAUCUAAACAGUGGCUAAUCUUAAUACCGCCACCUUAAAAUACUCUCUUUACCGUAUUUUUAUUGUAUGUUCUGCAAUAAUGUUUAUAAGUGUGUCUGUGUGGAGGGUGGAAGGGGGCCCAAAAAAAUUCAUGUAGAGUUAAAGUGGCAGCUAUUUAUUAUUCGCUGUGUUUUAGAUCAAUAAAUUAUAGCCUAGUGUGUUAGUGGCAAAGAAGCUUGUCUUUGAACAGAUUUAAAAGCAAGAUUAAACCCUGCCAGGUAUUUAAAAUUGCACCAUCUCAUUCCUUUUGACUGAUGGAUCUCAAUUUAUUUUUUUAUAUGAAUCAAGACAUUAAUUAAACUAAUCAAGUGGUGUGGUGUUAUGCACUUUAAAAUCAUGGCCCAUUACUGAAAAUAAAAUAAUACAAAUAAUGUUUUCUCUUGCAAGUGUUAAAAAUGACCAUUUGUGUUUUUUUUUUUAAAGCACAAAAUACCCUGUAUUACUUGCCUGUAGUAGUGUUGGCUGUUUAAAUAUACAUAGCAGUUCCAGGUUAUACUGUGAGCUUAAUUAGCCCCAUGCCAGAGUUUAAGACAUUGAAAGGAAAAGCUACAGUGUGAGCUUGUUUUUUACCACUUUGUCAAAUGGAACUAACACAGAGUCAUCACCCUCAAGGUUAUACAUUCUUCCAGAGCGAACUUCUAAAAAAAACAAUGGUCUACCCAGCAUUUAUAAAAAUAAAAAAAUCCUGUGAUUUUAAAAUUGUAAUGUUUCUGAACAAUGGGCUCGGUAAACCCCCACUCUAUUGUAAAUGGCUUGCUAAAAAACUUCCUGCAGGUCUAAUAGCAGCCCCCACUAUCCAGAAGUAACUUCAAUGCACUUGACUGCUACCACUCUGAACAUUUGUAUAAAUGACUCCCUACUUCUUGGGGGAUUUUGUCUCCAUGGGAAGCAGUGGAGUAGUAGUUAUAGUCUAUUAGAGGCUUAGGCAAAAUAAUCACUUUAGUGUGUUCCUACAUAGUCCACUGAACGUCUUCCUGUUCAUUCCUGUCAAUCAAAGCAUCAAAAGCAUGUGAAGACCACACGUUUUAAAAGACCAAUUGCCUUCAGAGAGACAGACUAAUCCAAUAGGACUUUGCAUUAAUAUAAACCAUGUGAUUCUGUUUUGUUGAAUAUCAGAUAGCGGAAUGUUCUGUUUGACUGCAAUGUGGUUUUGCACAAUUGUACACAAUCAUGCAGCUAUCCAUUGCUGCAUUUAGUUGUAAACCCCACAAAAGAAAAGAAUGUGCACCAUUGGACAUUUACUACAGCAGACUACAUACUGAAGUCUGUAAUGAUAUGUUUGUUAAACUGUAUGUUACAUGCCUUAAAAUACAUGUGUACAAAUACUGUAAAAGAAUAAAGUUUUGUACCUGG